AGCAAACAGUUCACAACAGGGUGCGUUCCCAACUCGAAGUGUUUUUUUAAAAUUUAGUCACGACGAGUGCGCUUAGCGAAUGCAAAUAUUGGUUUUCUCUUUUUCAUUGCAGACGUAAAGAAGACCACAUUCAACGUAACAAACUAAACGAAACAAAACAAAAAACAUAAGCAAAAAUGUCUGACCGCAAAGCUGUCAUUAAGAAUGCUGAUAUGAGCGAGGAGAUGCAGCAGGAUGCUGUCGAUUGCGCGACACAAGCCCUCGAGAAGUACAACAUUGAGAAGGAUAUUGCGGCUUACAUCAAGAAGGAGUUCGACAAGAAAUACAAUCCCACAUGGCAUUGCAUUGUCGGACGCAACUUUGGAUCGUAUGUGACACACGAGACGCGCCAUUUCAUAUAUUUCUAUCUGGGCCAGGUGGCCAUUUUAUUGUUUAAGAGCGGUUAAAGUAUUGUCGAGUCGGAUGAAGUGGUGGUCAGGAGGCUGGAGGAGCAAGAGCAGCAGCA